AUGUGCACUUACCUUAGUCACUGCAACAUGUUUGAACAAAGGACCGGCUACACAGUUUGCUUGCUUCUUCAUCUCAUCUCAACCUCAUCCUUCCUUCCAGAUAUUAUAAACCCCGGCGUUACAUCAACAUUGCCCCAACGGUCUUGCGGUUCGCAUCCACUGUUCUUUCAGGCCGGUGCAUCCGGCUUGUCAGUUAUGGAGUCUCGGUCUGUACGCACGUGA